CGAGCGCGCCCGGCAGCUGCUGUGCCUUCUGCGCCAGGACCUGGGUCUCGAGGGGACCCUCCUCACUGACAUCCUCUACAGGAAUGUGACCUUCCUCAACCUGGUGGACCCCAUCUCCCAUGACCUGCUGGUCAACCUGGCCCGGGACCUGCAGUGCCCCAAGAAGGACUACGAGCUCUGGAAAUCCUCAGACAAGAUCUGCCGGCAACUCAUCUACCACCUCACCCCUCAUUCCAAGCGGCAGCGAGGGCCCGGCCAUCCCCAGAGGAAGACCCAGAGCUGCCUCAAGAGUGGCCUCCAGAAGACUCUGCUGGUCGGGGAGACGGUGGACCUUUCGGGCAUCCCGCUGUCGGCCCGAGAUGUGCAGCAUCUAACCUGCUACCUGGGCAGCCACGGGGCCGGGCUGGCGGUGCUGGACCUGAGCUUCACGGGGCUGAGUGAUGAGCUCCUGCACCUGCUGCUGCCCGGCCUGUGGACGCUACCCCGCCUCACCCAGCUCCUGCUCAACGGCAACCGGCUGACGCGGGCUGCUGCCCGGGAGCUCACGGAGGCCGUCAAAGAUACCGCCAAAUUCCCUGCGUUGGCCUGGGUUGACCUGGGCAACAACGUGGAUGUGGCCUCACUGCCCCAGCCCCUGCUAGUCGGCCUGCGCCGGCGGCUCAGCCAGCGCACCUCGCUCCCCACCAUCUACGAGGGGCUGGACUUGGAGGCUGGGGAUGGCACAGCUGGGUGCCCCACUGCUGCCUCUACUUGGGGAUCUGCAGCUGCUGACCCGGGGCCUGAGCCCCAGGCCUGCUGUGCCAGGUGACCCGCCACUCACCUCGCUCUGUACUGCUGGUGGAGGAUGCCCUCGAGCACAUGAAACAGCAGGUGGUGGAGGUACCGCAGGCCCCCAGAGAACCGGUGAAAAUGCGUAGCCUGGGAAAGCGGGGAUGCGAUGAGAAAUGGUCUCCCAGGAGGCCAGACAGCCCGUUUAGGAGGCUCAGCCUUCGCUCAGCAAGAGGGGCCCGGGCACCCACAGCCCAGACCCCACAAUAAAGUGAUGACCCCCCCUU